AUGCGUCGCGUCCACGUUGCAACCGAAAAUGUCGCUGAAACAUGGCACUUGAGGCUCAAAAGGCUGAAGAAACACCCAUCAGCCUCUCCGGGUCGCCCAGAUAGGCAUAGAUUGAAGCGUAACCAAACGAUAUUCACUGGGCAUAAGGCAUGCCGGGAACGUCACAUCAAAUGCGUUAAGCUGCGCGAUACCGACAAGUGCAAGUACUGCACUGAACGGAAGAGACCCUGUAUCAGGGGUAAUGCUCUCCGCUUUCGGCCUGUCAAGACCGUAAAGUUCAAUGCCGGCGAGGACAUUGGCUCUGCUGAGCAGAGCCUAGAGUUUGGUGCUGGCCAGACAUGGGUCGACAUACCCAGGUCAUAUGGUGACGAUGAGGUGGGGCCUGUUGAAGCGGAAGCGGAAGCCCAAGUCGAAGCCGAACCAGAGAUCGCCUCAGAUGAGUCGAGUGGCAACCAAAGGAAUCCAGGAACUAACGAUAACACAUUCGAUCAGGGUGCCUUUUCGACAGAGUUGGCCUUGACUUAUAACGAUCAGUCCCCGUUCUCGAGCAUCUCUGUAUCUGUCCUUAGCGAAAACGAUGGCCUGCCUUCCAUCCACGAUGUACUGAGCCGGACGGUCACCCUGGACAACAUCCCACCGGUCGACAGUUACCAGGCGCCACACCUCGGGAGGAACGACUCGCUGUCCGACGUCUUGCAAAAGACAAGUGCCUGGCACAACAGUCCUGGAUCGAACCCUCGGGCAUCAUCCUCACCACAUGUCUUCAAGAAGAGUCCCCUUGAUUCCAUCCAAAACAUUUCGCCCUAUAACUCCACAACCUUUCCCCAAAGUCCAUCUUCGUCCUUGGCACCGAAGUGGCCGGUAAACAAUGCAUAUGAAGCGCGGCUUUUCCAUCAUUACAUCAUACACUGUACAAGUUGGAUAGAUGUAUGUGACCCACGCUGUCACUUCGCGAAGGAGGUACCGAAGCGUGCAGCGCAUUUCCCCGUCAUCUUGCACGGUAUCCUUGGCUUAGCAGCUCGACAUCUUUGGUUGAUGGGCAAAGAGCUAGAAGACCACUCGCAGCCGUACGUUGACCAAUGCCUGAAUGCGCUCAUUGUAGCAUUGGAAGAUCCUCUUGCGCACUGGGACGAAAACUUCCUCGUGGCUGUGAUUCUUCUUCGAUUGCAUGAAGAGAUGGGUGACGCAGACGAGCAGUGCCAUCACUUCGGUACAGCGCGAAUAUUGAAUAGUAUCUCGUCUUUCGCGGCGGAUGGCGGUCUUCGGGAGUCUGCAAGUUGGGUGUCGCUUCGUCAACACAUUUAUGUGUCUCUCACAUCGCAGCAGCCCCUCAACUUGAGCCUCGACAACUACCGCCACUCAUCAGUUUUCCGAGAGUUUGAUGACGAGGCCUGGACAAAUCGAGUCAUCUUUCUGUUCGGCACGAUCCUACAGACUAUAUUCGAAGAGAGUGGCGAGGCCAACACCAAUAGCAUUACUAAGGAGAAGUGGACGGAACUGCACGCUGAGGUCGAUGAGUGGGAACGUACAAAGCCUUGGACCUUCACUGCCCUUCACAUCGAGCCUAAUGCUGGGGAAAAGCACAGUGGCUCUUGGCCUCAACUCCCCUGCGCACAGGGUGUUGUUGCUGUAGGCUUGCAGUACUACCACCUGUGCAAGAUAAUCCUUACCAUAUACUCCCCUAACGCGUCGCUGGUCGGGCUGGCGGGAGUACGCGCACGGAAGGCAACGGAUGCGUCGAUACGAAAGCAUAUACGUAUAACGAUCGGUUAUGGUAUCAGCAAUGAGCAUUGCGGCAAUGCUAUGUUCCAGGGUAGCCAUAUAUUGAGCGCAUGCGGUGCGUAUAUUGUCGACCCACUCGAGCAGGAAGCUUGUGUAGAAUAUUUGAAAGGCUUGCAGAGUCGGAUAGGAUGGAGGACCGACAAGGUCAUUGCGGAUUUGAGAGAGCAAUGGUCUGCUUGAGCAAUUAAUCGUACUCAGACAAUCGCAAAAUGGUGGCUCGCAAAGUAUUCUUGGCUGACGCUCCGUAUGUCGACUCUUCGUUUGCCUUCGUCUUGUCGUCGA